GGCAGCGGCGCCCGCGGGAGGACCGGGGCGCGGGGCCGUGGGGAGGCCACAGACCUGCCUUGCCGAGCAAAAUACCCGGGGGACAAACGGGACCCGGAGGCCUGGCUCCAGCAUCCAGAGGACUGCAGAGGUCAGCGGGAGGGCCGACCACCGAGGACCUGUGUCAUGUCCUCCACCGUGAACAACGGGGCUACCGGCAUGCCAUCCCCGCCAGACGCCGCCAACGGCUUCCCGCAGCCGGGCGCCUCGUCCGGGGGCUGGCCACGCGCGGAGGAGGAGCUGCGCGCCGCCGAGCCCGGCUUGGUGAAGCGCGCGCACCGGGAGAUCCUGGACCACGAGCGCAAGCGGCGCGUAGAGCUCAAGUGCAUGGAGCUGCAGGAGAUGAUGGAGGAGCAGGGGUACUCGGAGGAGGAGAUUCGGCAGAAGGUCGGGACUUUCCGGCAGAUGCUGAUGGAGAAGGAGGGAGUACUGACCAGGGAGGACCGGCCUGGGGCCCACAUUGUGGCAGAGACCCCGCGGCGGAUGGAGGGCUUGGAGCCGGGCCUGGAGUACCCGCCCUUCGAUGAGGACGACGGCCCUGUGGAUUGCGACUGCCCGGUCGCCUGCUACCGCGGGCACCGGGGGUACAGGACCAAGCACUGGUCCAGCAGCUCCGUCUCGCCCCCUCCCAAGAAGAAGAAGAAAAAGAAAGGCAGUCAUCGGAGGAGCCGCAAAAAGCGGAGACUAGAGUCAGAAUGCAGCUGUGGGAGCACCUCUCCCCUCCGCAAGAAGAAGAAGGCUGUGAAGAAGCACCGUCGAGAUAGGUCUGAAUCUGGGUCCCGAAGGAAGAGACGGUACAGAUCUCAAAGCCUCAAGGGCAAAAGGAAAGAGAAAAACAAAGAGCGCAAGAGGCCUCACACCGAGUCUCCAGGCCGAAGGUCUCACCACCACAGCAGCGCCAGUUCCCACAGCCCCUCGGUGUCCUCCCACGACAGCGACUCCGGAUCUCCCAGCAGGCUGAGCCCCAAACAUCGCGACGACGGGCGGAAGACGGGCAGCCAGCGAUCCAGCGGGAGCCGGUCGCCCUCCGCCUCGGGCGGCAGCGGAUGGGGGUCGCCCCAGCAGAACGGAGGCAGCAAGCAGCGAAGCGGAACGCACGGGGGCCGCCCCGGUUCGGCGCACAGCCCGCCCGAUCCUUCCGACCUGCCCUCCCCAAGGGGCGUCGGGUGCCAGGAGUCGCCUGGAUUGCUCGGUUGGAUGUCGGUUGGCUGCUGUUCCCACCUGGGCGUGGUGGUCUGGGGCCGCCGGCGCGCGAAGCCCGCGCCGCCCCGGGGCUCGUCCCGCUCGCUCAGCGCCGCGCACUCCAGCAGCGAGUCGGGCGGCGGCACCCCAGGCCCCGGACCCGAGCCCGGCACCGAGCGAGGCCACGGCGGGCACGGCAAGCGGGCGAAGGAGCGACCCCCGCGCGCGCGCCCCGCCAGCACCUCGCCAUCCCCGGGCGCGCACGGCCGGCGGGGCGGCCCGGAGGGGAACAGCUCCUCGCGCAGCCCCGGCCCGCACCCCGGGUCCUGGAGCUCCAGCCGCUCGCCCUCCAAAUCCCGCUCUCGCUCCCCCGACAAAAGAGCCCGCAGCCCCAGCCUCUCUCCGUCGCCCAAGAAACCCGUCGGCCGGGACAAGGACAGCGAAGGCCGCGUGAGGCAUGCCGAGGCGGAGGCCGCCCGCACCCGGCGCCGCUCCCGCAGCUACUCCCCGAUCCGAAAGCGGCGCCGAGACUCGCCCAGCUUCAUGGAGCCGAGACGCAUCACCAGUGCCCGAAAGCGUCCCAUCCCCUACUACCGGCCCAGCCCCUCCUCCUCCUCCAGCUGCUUGAGCAGUGACUACUCAAGCCGGAGCCACAGCAGGAGCCCAAGCCCGGGCCACAGCCACGGGAGCUACAGCAGCCGCAGCCAUGAGACUCGCAGCCGCUCCUGCAGCGCCUCCAGGAGCCGCAGUCCCAGCUACCACAGCCGGAGCAGCUCUGAGAGUGGGGGCUUCUAAGCCUGGACGGACCCAGCUGGGGUUGGAAGGCCCUGGCAUAAGGAGGGCUGGGGCCCUGAGACCUGGGGAGGAGGGGUCUGUACCCCAUACUGCUACACAGGUCAUGGGUGGGGGGACGGCGCGUGGGCAGGUGGGCUAGGGUAGAGCUUCUCCUAGGGUAGGUGUCCCACCUACAAGGAGGAAUCAAAUUGCCCUGUCCCUAAAGUGUGCCCACUCCCACGCCCUGCCCACUCACCUUGUCCAGGAAACAAAGAGCCUUUGCGAACACAGGGACCAGGUCACCAUGCCCUUCUUCUGCUUGAGGCCAGCUCACCAGCCUGGGGCCCAAGAGUCCACUAUUGGCUGUCACCUCACUUGAGCUCAGUGGACCCCUGCACAGCUUGGAAGGUGCCAGGCCUGGGACCUUCCCCUCCUCUUUCUCUGUCUCCCACUGGGCGGAUCUGAAACUGGUAGGGCAAGCCAGAUCUAAGAGGGAAGGAAGGACCUAACUCCUGGUGCAUUGCCAGGCAGGAUGAGAGGUUCACACUUGGCCUCAUCUCUCUUCAUUGCCCUCACAUCAAGGCUACACCAUCCAGGCCUUCAUCAGCACAAGAGGCAGCAAACACCACACCUGUGUCUAACCUGAAGUCAGAGGGGGGAUUCAGGGACUGGGGAUGUGGCUCAGUUGGUAGAGUGCUUGCCUAGCAUGCAUGAAGCCCUGGGUUCCAUCCCAAACACAGCAUAACACAGCAUGCUGGUGCACGCCUGGAAUCCCAGCACUCUGGAGGUAGAGGCAGGAGGACCAGGAGUUCAAGGUCAUCUGAGGCUACAUGGUGAGUUUGAAUCCAGCCUGGGAUACAGGAGACCCUGUCUCAAAAGUAAGAGAGAGAGACUGGGGAUUCAGGUCAGACGAUAAAAAGGAACACGGGUAGAAAACGGAGGAAUUUCUUUUUUUUUUUUUUUUUUUUUUUUUUUUUAGCAUGGGCCCAAACAGUGCAGUCAGAUGACCAAGCAGGUCAGAGGAUACUGGGAGACAGAUACCAGCUGCUGUCGGGGUCAUGGGCCAAAUGAUAUGAUAACUCAUGGUCAUGAGCAUAGGCUAACAUGCAGUGCACCUCAGAGCCUGCCCAAGGGAGACCUUGCUACCAGGCUUUGAUGGGGCAGGCUUGGUCAAGGCUUUCAGGCCGGGGUGGCAGGUUCCAGCCAAAGCUCUCAGCCUGGAGCAUGACGGGGAAACGGUGGUCCCCCUCCAGCCCUCUUCUGCGGCACCCAGCCCCACCCCUCCACCCCGCUGGGGCCCUCAGGGAUCUCAAAGUCUUCCUUGGCCCGAUAGGGCAGAUGCCCUGGGCUCUGGUGGGGGAGGAGUCUGGGGUCUGAUCCGGGUUCCCACCCUCUCUGUUUCCCCUUCCCUCUUUCUCCGCAGUGCGGGAAAACAAAUGGAGUGUAAUAAAUACACUAGGUGCCCAGGAGACAGGCUGAGACUGGGCUCUGUGACUGCCACCAUUGGGGAAGAGGACUGGGGUCCUUCCCUUGGGGGACUGAGUGAGGUUCACAUUCCUCCUGAAGUGAGAUGAGGUAGCAUCAAGGAACCAGGUCCCAUCAUGUCCAGCCUCCUGCCUCUGAGCAAGAGACGGCAUAGCCUUCUGAACCUCAAAUGGGGAGGAAGAUGGAACCAAGGGGACUUCCUUCCAGCCUGGAGGCCCGGUGACCUGUUUGUUAAAAUGUACUGUGUGUGAUGGUGGCGUGGCAGUGCAUGCCUUCAAACCCAGCACUCAGCAGGCAGAGGCACUCCACCUCUGAGUUCAAGGCCAGCCUGGUCUGCAGAGUGAGUUCCAGGACAGCCAGGAUUCUGUCACACAGAGAAAGCCUGUCUUGAACCCUCUCCCCCUACACUGAUCGGGUGGCGUGUGCAAAAUGUGAGGCAGUGCAUUUGCCUGCAUGCAUGUGGAAGUCGGAGGGCAACCACCCUCCGAGUCAACGCCCUCUCCACCUUUACGGCAGCCAGCGCCAGCCACCAGGCUUCUGAGACAAGUGCCUUCCCAGGUGCGCCAUCCUGCUAGCCCAUGUUUGUUUAUUUGACACAGAGUGAUCCUGACCAGCCUGGUAGACCAGACUAGACUGGAACUCUUUGUAAUCAUCUGCCUCUGGCUCCCGAUUUCUGGGACUCCAGUCACAGACCACCAUGCCCUAUAGGGCUUUUUCCUCCUAUUCCUCUUCU